GCGGCCGAUCGCCGCGGCGCUGCCCGGCCGCCCCUACGCGGCGUGGACCGGAGGAGACUAGAGGCGACUCUGCGAGGCGCCCGGUGGCAUCGGCAGCCCCAGAGACCCAAGUCCGGCGCGGGCUCUUGAGGAGGAAUUGACAACAUGGCUUCCCCACCGCACCAGCAGCUGCUGCAUCACCACAGCACCGAGGUGAGCUGCGACUCCAGCGGGGACAGCAACAGCGUGACGGUGAAAAUCAACCCCAAGCAGCACCAGGGCUGCACCUCUUCCAAGCACUGCAAGUACAGCAUCUCCUCCAGCUGCAGCUCGGGGGAGUCAGGGGGCACCCGCCGAGCCGGCGUAGCGGGCGGCAGCGGCUCCGGCCUCCGCCGGCAGAAGAAGCUGCCGCAGCUCUUCGAGAGGGCCUCUUCCAAGUGGUGGAACCCCAAGUUCGACUCCAACAACCUGGAGGAGGCUUGCAUGGAGAGAUGCUUCCCGCAGACCCAGCGCAGGUUUCGCUAUGCCCUCUUCUACAUUGGCGUGGCCUGUCUGCUCUGGGGCAUCUACUUCGGCAUACACAUGAGAGAGAAACAGAUUGUUUUCAUGGUGCCGGCUCUGUGCUUCCUCCUGGUAUGUGUAGCUUUUUUUGUGUUCACUUUCACUAAGACUUAUGCCCGCCAUUACGUAUGGACUUCGCUGAUACUCACCCUCCUGGUGUUUGCUCUGACCCUCGCUCCGCAGUUCCAGGCUCUGAAGCCUGUCUCAGGAAGUGGUGACACGUCCAACCGGACUCGGCCGGCAGAUCCCACGGACACUUGUCUUUCUCAAGUGGGCAGUUUUUCUAUGUGUAUUGAAGUGCUCUUGUUGCUUUACACGGUGAUGCACUUACCCCUGUAUUUAAGCUUGUUUCUGGGACUGUCGUACUCGGUCCUCUUUGAGACCUUUGGUUAUCACUUCCGUGACGAGAACUGUUUCACACCUCUGGGAGCUGGUGCGGUUUACUGGGAGCUGUUGAGUAAAGCCUUCCUGCACAUCUGCAUCCACGCCAUCGGUAUUCAUUUAUUUAUCAUGUCCGAAGUCAGAUCAAGAAGCACAUUCCUGAAAGUGGGGCAAUCCAUCAUGCAUGGAAAAGACUUGGAAGUGGAAAAAGCCCUGAAAGAGAGGAUGAUUCAUUCUGUUAUGCCAAGAAUAAUAGCUGAUGACUUAAUGAAGCAGGGGGAUGAUGAAAGUGAAAACUCCAUCAAACGUCAUUCCACCUCAAGCCCCAAAAACAGGAAGAAGAAGCCCUCCAUACAGAAAACCCCCAUAAUAUUCCGUCCUUUUAAAAUGCAGCAGAUAGAGCAAGUGAGCAUUUUGUUCGCAGAUAUUGUUGGCUUCACUAAAAUGAGUGCCAACAAAUCAGCCCAUGCCCUGGUGGGACUCCUGAACGACCUCUUUGGACGCUUUGACCGUCUGUGUGAGGACACUAAAUGUGAGAAGAUCAGCACUUUGGGAGACUGUUACUACUGCGUGGCUGGCUGCCCCGAGCCCCGGGCGGAUCAUGCCUACUGCUGCAUCGAGAUGGGCUUGGGGAUGAUCAAAGCCAUCGAGCAGUUCUGCCAGGAGAAGAAAGAAAUGGUGAACAUGAGGGUCGGUGUUCACACUGGGACGGUCCUGUGUGGCAUUUUGGGAAUGAGGAGGUUCAAGUUCGAUGUGUGGUCCAACGAUGUCAAUUUGGCCAAUCUGAUGGAGCAGCUCGGGGUGGCUGGGAAGGUCCAUAUUUCGGAAGCUACUGCCAAAUAUUUGGAUGAUCGUUACGAAAUGGAGGAUGGAAAGGUGGUUGAGCGCGUCGGUCAGAGCGUGGUAGCCGACCAGUUAAAAGGUUUAAAGACCUAUCUGAUCUCAGGUCAGAAGGUGAAGGAGCCCCAGUGCAGCUGUUCUCAAGCGUUGCUUCCUGGCUUGGAGUCUGCAGACGGAGCCAGGACACCGGGAACGUCGUCAGCCGAGAGCUCCAGUGACCCGACCAAGACAACCAAAGCGGUGGAAAAACCCAAGCCUUGCCCUUCAUGUAGUACCACCCUUGCUCCCCACUGCGAUGUCAGCAUAGAUGAAGGAGCUAUCCAAAAUGGUUGUCAGGAUGAGCAUAAAAACAGUACAAAGGCUGCAGGAGGACACAGUCCGAAGACUCAGAACGGACUUCUGAGUCCUCCCCAGGAGGAGAAGCUCAGCAACAGCCAGACGUCGCUGUACGAAAUGCUGCAGGAGAAAGGGCGCUGGGGCGGAGUGAGCCUGGAUCAGUCAGCUCUGCUCCCGCUGAGGUUCAAAAACAUCCGAGAAAAGACAGACGCCCACUUCGUGGAUGUGAUUAAAGAGGACAGCCUCAUGAAAGAUUACUUCUUUAAACCACCUAUUAAUAAGCUGAGCCUCAACUUCUUGGAUCAGGAUUUGGAGAUGGCCUACAGGACGAGCUAUCAGGAGGAGGUUAUAAGGAAUGCUCCGGUGAAGACCUUUGCCAGCGCAACCUUCAGCUCUCUCCUGGACGUGUUCCUGUCCACCACAGUCUUCCUCAUCCUCUCCAUCACGUGUUUCCUGAAGCACGGCAUGGUCGCGUCCCCUCCGCCGCCUGCGGCCGUCGUGGUGUUCGUCAUCGCCAUCCUGCUGGAAGUGCUGUCCCUGGUCGUGUCCAUCAGGAUGGCGUUCUUCCUGGAGGAGGUGAUGACUUGCACCAAGCGUCUCCUGGAGCUGAUAUCUGGCUGGCUGCCUCGACACUUCUUCGGUGCAAUCCUGGUUUCUCUCCCAGCUCUUGCAGUUUUUUCACACUUCACCUCUGAUUUUGAAACAAAUAUACAUUACACCAUGUUCAUGUGUUGUGCCAUUCUCAUCACCAUUGUGCAGUACUGUAACUUCUGCCAGCUCAGCUCCUGGAUGAGAUCCCUGCUGGCGACCGUGGUGGGAGCAGUGCUGCUCAUCCUGCUCUACGUCUCCUUGUGCCCCACCAGCUCCGUGGAAGCUCCUCAUCUAGAUUUGGCACAGAACUUUAGCUCCAGAAAGAGCCCGUGCAACAGCUCGGUGCCGAGCGAGGCGAGGCGGCCGGCGGAGCUCAUCGGCCAGGAGGUAAUUCUGGUGUCCUUCCUGCUGCUCCUGCUGGUCUGGUUCCUGAACCGCGAGUUCGAGGUCAGUUACCGCCUGCACUACCACGGGGACGUGGAGGCCGACCUGCACCGCACCAAGAUCCAGAGCAUGAGGGAUCAGGCCGACUGGCUGCUGAGGAACAUCAUCCCCUACCACGUGGCCGAGCAGCUGAAGGUGUCCCAGAGCUAUUCCAAAAACCACGACAGCGGCGGGGUGAUCUUUGCCAGCAUCGUCAACUUCAGCGAGUUCUACGAGGAGAACUACGAGGGCGGCAAGGAGUGUUACCGAGUCCUCAACGAGCUCAUCGGGGACUUCGACGAGCUGCUGAGCAAACCCCACUACAGCAGCAUCGAGAAAAUCAAAACCAUCGGGGCCACCUACAUGGCGGCGUCGGGGCUGAACACCUCGCAGUGCCAGGACAGCAGCCAUCCCCACGGGCACCUGCAGACCCUUUUUGAAUUUGCCAAAGAAAUGAUGCGGGUGGUGGACGACUUCAACAACAACAUGCUGUGGUUUAACUUCAAGCUCCGGAUCGGCUUCAACCACGGCCCGCUCACGGCCGGGGUCAUCGGCACCACCAAGCUGUUGUAUGACAUCUGGGGGGACACGGUGAACAUCGCCAGCAGGAUGGACACCACCGGCGUCGAGUGCCGCAUCCAGGUGAGUGAGGAGAGCUACCGCAUCCUCAGCAAGAUGGGGUAUGACUUUGACUACAGGGGGACGGUCAACGUGAAGGGGAAGGGUCAGAUGAAGACCUACCUUUACCCCAAGUGCAUGGACAACGGCAUCGUGCCGCACCACCAGUUGUCCAUAUCUCCAGACAUUCGGGUUCAAGUGGAUGGCAGCAUCGGGCGGUCUCCGACGGACGAGAUCGCCAACCUGGUGCCUUCUGUACAGAAUUCUGAUAAGAUAGCCCAUGGCACAGAAAACUCAGAAGCCAAGGACAUCCUUCCUUCCGCCAAGAAGCUCCAGAAAGACGCGGCGAAGGCAGAGGAGAGGUGCAGGUUUGGCAAAGCCGUGGAGAAGGAUGACUGUGAGGAAGCGGGGACUGAGGAGGUCGAUGAACUGACAAAGCUAAAUAUCUCUAAGAGUGUAUGAUGAACUGUCAGAGUUGCAUGAAGUGCUCUGUCCAUAGAAACACACGGACUUUUGCAAUUGGCAGUUUUCUUUUUCAAGAGAGACCUUCUCCACACCUGGGUUGUACGUUUGUGUUCGUUUCGGCACCUGGGGCUGUGUGGAUCAUGGCUCUUCAGGGCUUGUUUUCAUCCAUCUCUCUCCUCCAUGCCCCAAGUCACAUCCCAAGCUCCCCAGCUCCCUGUGCAGCCAUCUUACAGCUGAGUAGAGGAUAUUAAGUGCCUUCAGAUAUACUCCAUUGGACUCCCUGUCAAGGUACAGAGGCCCCAAGUGAAAUCAUAGCUUUGGGUAUUUAUCUAAUUUUAAAGAAAAGAAAAGCUGUGGUUAUAUCAUUUUUAUUGUUGUUUCUCACAAAACACUUUUUUUGGCUAAUGCAACUCCUUGGGUUUUUUAUAUCUCUCGGAACAAUGUUUUACUGUUAUCAGACCUUUUGUAUGUAACACACAGACAUGUGCAUGUAUCUACCAUAUGAGACUGCUAUAAAGUGCCAGUAAUGCACCACAAGAAUGUCUGGGCGAGGGGUGACAGGCUUUGGGUCGGGCUGGAGGGGGAGUUGUGCCGUGCCUCAGCUUUUAGUUAGGGCGGGAGGAGCAGCUGCUGUCGUUCCGUUCUCCUUUCCCGAUGCUUCCUGCAGCCUCCAUGUGCCAUCGUGUGCUUUGGAUAGACUUCUUUCCAUAUAGCCAAUGAGUUACUGAUCCGUGGGAGUGGAAGGAGGGUUGGGACAGUGCCAGCUCUGGGGACAACUUUCCAGAAGCAGCCGAGAGACCACGGGAGUGCUGCAGUUCAGGGCUCCCGGCUCCGUGUGCAGCUCGGGGCGAAGGUAGGUGACAUCGGUGUCUCUGAGCUGAUUGGAGAGAGAGAAAGAGAGAAGCAAAAUAAAUGUUUUGGGAAUGCCUUUAUUUAUUUAUUUACUUUAUUCCUGUUUGGUUUUCUUGGUUUGUUUUUUUUUUAAAUUUGUUUGGGAAUUUUCGCGUGCAGAAGGGACCGGGAGAGAUGAAUUGUUCGUGGGUUUAAUAAGACAGUGUUUGAGCCUCUGUGAACUACCAACCACUGUGAGGAUGUUACCUUAGGCAAUAUUUGUUUCCGAGCUGGUGACACUUCGGAAGCCACCAAACGCCGUUGAGUAUCCCAGCUUCCCUCUGGACUGAACCAAUGGUGCUGCACAGUAUUUUUCAGGAUUUUUACACACACACACACACACACACACACACACACACACACACACAGUGCUUUUGCAGCAGGGAAGAGAACAGAAUGCUCCCUUGCUGCUGCUGAAAGCAGGGAUAGGGAGAAGAGUCCUUGUAGUGAGUUGAGAAGCACAAUCAUUUCCCAGUCCUGCGAACGGCUCCGUGCAGGUCCCUGGGAGCAGAGGCCUGGGAGCCCAGGAGCUGCUUGCACAGAGGGAACUGAGGGCUUAGGCUGUGCCACUCUGUCCUCUGCAUGCUUCCACCACCUCCCUCUCGGCAUUUCAUGUCCUGCUGAGGAUCAUGUUGGCCAUUCAACUACUCUAGUUCAGCCAACUCCCUCUGACACCAAAUAAAGUGAAAGGAUUUCUAUUCCCAAAACAAGCUGAUCAGCCAGGGAAGAGCUGGGGAAAGGCAGUGCAGCACUGACUGUGUGGUGCUGGGGGCUCUUUCCAUCCGAGCUCGAGUCAGAAUGUAUUGCUUCUUCCUCUUAUCCCCAUGUGAUUUUGGGGUAUGAGUAAUAAAUAUAUCCAUCGUGGGGUUGCUGUUCAGCUGGUGGAGAUAAUCUCCACUCCACAGUCACCACAGAGCCCAUGAAGCCUUUAUCAGAUGUGAGUCUGUGGGAUUUCUGGAUCGCAGUUAAACAGAACUCUGCACACAGGUCCUGCAAAGCUGCUCUUUAUGCAUGUCAGCAUCCCAUUUGAUAGGAAAGCUGUUCAGAAUUCAUCUUCUUCGCUCAAUCUGCCAGCACACAACAAACCAGGGGAUCCUCACCCCCAGAUCCCUGUGCCACAGAUGCUGUUGCCUGUUUGGAGGCUGUUCCUGAUGAGCAGCAAUGUCAGGUGGUUUUGAGGGCACAGUUUUCCAGCAGCUUCCUUCUCCCUGGGUUACAACUUCCCCCUCCCCAUAGUGGGUUGCACUCCAACUUUCAGGUAGUAUUUCUGCAAAUACCUCUUGCAUCUGAAGAAUGUAUUCCUGAAACCAUUGUUAGGGCUCUUGGUUCAGUUAAGGUGUGUCAGUAUUCCUUUUCCUACAGCCAAGGAGCUAACACAAUCCAGAAUUGUUUACAUGCCUUCUAGUGUUACGUUGUCUCAGAGUCGUUCCAGCCCUUCUCCCUGUCACUUCUUUCUCCCAGUUUUAUAGACCCUGCCCAUCCUUGCUCUCUCCCUGCUCAGCUGUGUGCCAGGGCAGAGCUCAGUCGGGGUGCGCUGGCUCCUUGGGACACUGCACAAUAACCAAACCUCCACCAGCCCCAGCCCAGCCCCAGGGAGAGGUUGGCAGCCCGUGGUUAAACCCAGAAGGAAAAGGUGCUGGAAUGGGACCCCAGACCCAAAGCACCUUCCUCCUCAUUGUUAAAGCACUUCAGGAUGCAAAAUCCUUCUCCUCCAGCCGAUAAAGUUCACAGGGCUCCCGUGCUGCUGUGGUGUGGGGCUGUGGGUUUUAUCCUUGCGUUUAUGGGAACAUCCGAAUACCAAACCCCAAACCCACCAGGACCUCCCUUUGUUGGCCCUUAGCAAAUAAAGGCACUGAGGGCAGCAGCACUGGUGGACUCAGAAAUCAAGGGCUGUUGUCUGCUCUGGGAACUGCCAGUGGUGGUACUCUGCCUUAACUCUGGGUUGGGACAAGACUCCUGAUGGGUGACCAGUGGUGCCCCAUUUGCUCAUUGCCAGGACAGCAGCAAGAACCCCACAGCUGGGGCUGCAGGGCUGCCAGGGGUUAAAUCUCCAUGCAGUGUAGCAACCAAAUCAAGAAGUUCAGUUCUCGAUGGAGGGGGAGGUUUUCCAGGUGCAAGGAGAUACCUGUUGGUGUUGUAAACCGGUGUGAGCUGAACCUUCACACCUCCCCUUGCGCUUUUGAAGAUUUAUCCUGACACAAAAAUGACUCCGGAGGCGUUUCUAGCAGUGUUGUGUGGCUCUGCUGCAGAAUUCCUGACACGUGUGCUGGUGGGAGGCCACAGGCAAAGUUCACUUCAUUAAAAUGCCUGUGGUGUGUGUGCUGCUGGUGCCAGCAGUGCAGUCCGUGAAUGGGGGGCUUGGCCGGGUCCCCGGGGGUUUAUUCCACACAGACAAUCCCUGCGUGGCUGCGCCUCCAGUCUUUAGGGUGGUUUAAUGGCAGCGAUUUUAAAAUGAUCCAGAAAAGGCAGCUGGGGAGAUUGCUGGGUGUUUGUGUGCCCCAUGUUGCCUUCUGCCACUCGCAGCACCUGCUCCAGGGUGCAGAGUGACAAGGAGUGCACAGAAUAUUGUGGGCAGUGAGGUCUUAAUCUGCUGCUAACACACCAAAAUGCUUUUUCCUCCCUGCUGCUCCCGUGAGGGAUUUUCUCAGUGAGAAGCAGGUAAAUGCAUUCCCUUUGAUUCACUUCUGGCAUUAGGAUUUGGAGGAGGGCGGAUUUGCCUGUUACUUCCCAGGAUUUGGGGCCACUCCCCUUUGCUGCAGGUAACGUGAGCACUGUGAGCAGAGCGGGACAGUGCCACGGUCUGGCUGCAGCCUCUGCUGUGUCCCAGGAGUGACAAAAUGAGGGGAGGACAGGGUGGAUUCCCCAAGGGCUUUACACAAAACAAUAAGUAUUUGGAUACUCUUCUUUUAGGGCUAAAACACAGAAAGGAGGUGCCCAGAGCAGAACUGAAGGGAGCUCCCUGUACCCAUAGCAGCUUUAGCUAAAGAGGAGUUUAUUCCUGAGAAAAAGGCCCAGUUUUUAGGGCUUCUGGCAUUUUAAAAUUGCUCAUUCUGACCUGUUUCUAAAACUUCCACUCUGAAUACAGCAAAAGGUGUUGCAAGGAAGCAGUUAAUUCAUGUCACAUCUCAAGAGGCUGAAGGUGCCUGAGGUUGGCUGUGAUGCCUUUGGCUGUUUAAAUCUGCACCUUGGCUUGGCAGGGCAUUUUGCCAAAUUUAAAGACCCUGCUUUCUCCCUCCUUCCCUGCUGUGGUCUCAUUUGCUCCAUCUGGAUGGGGCACACAGGUGGUUGUUGCCUCCCUGCUCCUCACCUUUGGGAACCUGUGUCUUCCUCAUUGCACGGCAGCAGCUGAGCUGAGGGCACGGCUCCCGGUGCUGCUGCCGCUGCUGGUGCCUCCCUGUGUCCUGAGGAAAGGGGAGAGGGGGUUUGCUUUCAUGUUUGGUCCAUUUUGCCUGCUCACAGCUGCAGCUUCCUCCUCGUGGUGGUGACAGAAGAUACAGAAGAGGCACGUCCCCGCAGUUAAAUUUAAGAAUUAAAUUUACCAGUGCAGUUGCUGUUUAUUGAUGCGGUUUUUCCAGUUUGCUGGAAAUGCCAGAGGGGAGGUUUGACUGUAAGUACAGAAUGAUUUGCAUGUGGGAACAGUCAAGGUGGAGGUGCAGGGGUGACCCAGUGCCAUGGCACUGCCAUCUCAAUGCCCAGGCGGCUGUGAAAUGCCAGCUGAAGUCUCUGAGUAAAGCUGAGACUUGACUGGUUGCUCGUGGAACAUCAGUUUGGGCAGGAAAGUCGUUCGCUCCAAUGUUUUUUUCCUUUUGAGUUCUCUCUGCAGGCUGUAGCAGUCCUUGGUUUGUUUCCUGGGGUAAAACUUGAAUUGCUCUUCGCUGUUGCUAAGACUGAGCCAUGCAGGCAGUGCCAGUGGGAUUCUGCAGAAUAAAAAAUUUGGAUCUGGUAACCAUUACUCACCAAUUCCUGCAGGCCCUGGAGCUGUCUGCGUGCUGCCAUGGUCGGAGGGUGUCUCAGCUCAGAGCUGUAGGCAGGACACAGUGUCACAGCUCCACGUGGUAACGUGCUUCCAGGUGUGGAAGUGGGGAGAUGAGGAGAAGGGGAUGUGGAAGGAGCUGCUGGGUGGUUUCAAGGGCUGAUCUGUGUGUCCAGAGUGCUGUACAGGAAGCUGUGUCAGGUGUGAGGCAGAGCCUCGGCUUCCCAAGCUGUUCCUGUUUCCUGGGACCAGAGAGCCUUAAAAUGGGCUGAUUUUAUCAAAAUCUGCAUUAACACCACCCUCUGAACUCCGCCCAGGGAGUUUUGUUGGUGAAAGUCAGACACCAAGAGCUUACUGCCUUCGUCUUAUUUGAAGAGUUUGUUCAAAAUGAAACAUCAGCCUCGGUAGAGGUUGAAGGAGAAAGUAAAACAGGGAUGGAAUGUGUCUUGUCUUGACAGCAGUGCAGUUUGAGGGUGCCGUGGGAAGGAAGUUUUGCAGACACCAGGUAAAGCUCUGGUAGAAAAAAAAAAUACAAAUAUUUUGUAUAAAAUCUCUUUCAGGUCUUUCUGGUAUGAACUGAACUUCUCAGCCCUUUAUCAGGGCUGGGCUGUACAACACAUACAGAACUGUUUGCUCCUUGCCUUUGGGAGUCAAUUUUGGCUUGGGAGAGAGAGGAUUAGUUUGGACAAAACAGAUUGGUGGGAGAUAUUUAAAGCUUUGGUAGUUUGUUGGUGGUGGUUUUUUGGUUUUUUUUCCUGGUCCCUUACUGUAGCCGUUAACCAUUUGCUGCCCAGGCCGAGGCUGGCCAGGAGCUGGAGGCAGGUGCCCAGCGUCUUCCCACACAGCUGCUCCAGGGCUGGAGUUCAGCAUUGUCCUCAGGAGCUGUGCCCAGUCUCCACACUGCACACGGGUGUCUGAGGCAGCAGCCCUUGGUGUUUUACACUUCAGGAUUGGCCCCGAGGCCGCUGCUGCCAUCUCCUGUCUCAGCCUUGGAGAUGUUUGCUCCAUUCUCCCUGUUUUCUGGCUCACUGCAACAAUUGCACAGAAUCCCAGAACAGUCUGGGUUGGAAAGGACCUUAAAGCUCAUCUUGUUCCACCCCCAUGCCAUGUGCAGGGACACCUUCCACCAUCCCAGCCUGCUCCAAGCCCCAGUGUCCAACCUGGCCUUGGGCACUGCCAGGGAUCCAGGGGCAGCCACAGCUGCUCUGGGCACCCUGUGCCAGGCCCUGCCCACCCUCCAGGGAACAAUUCCUGCCCAAUCUCCCAUCCAGCCCUGCCCUCUGCCAGUGGAAGCCAUUCCCUGUGUCCUGUCCCUCCAUCCCUUGUCCCCAGUCCCUCUGCAGCUCUCCUGGAGCCCCUUUAGGCCCUGGCAGGGGCUCUGAGCUCUCCCUGGAGCCUUCUCCUCUCCAGGUGAGCACACCCAGCUCUCCCAGCCUGGCUCCAGAGCAGAGGGGCUCCAGCCCUUGGAGCAGCUCCGUGCCCGUAAUGGAUUUUAAUGUCCAGAAAUUGCAGCAUUCACUGAAUUGAAGAACUGCAGAAGAGGUCAUGGCUGGGAACAGUUGGUACAAGUUUAAGUUCCCACUCUCAUUGGUGAUGCUCUGACCAAUUUGUCAUCCAGCUCAUUGCUGGAUGUGUGGUGUAAGCCAGUGCCACCACUUGUGUGUCACUGAUUUGGCCAUCAUUUCUCAAAUCCUCAAGUCAAGGUGACUUUCUCAAGGUUUUCCUUCUUUUCUUCCCUCAGUUACUCAAGUCUUCACUUGUUUCUGCCUUAGUGCAUCAGCUCCAUCCUUGGAAUUGCAGAUGGUUUGUGUCCAUUCGUGCUGAGAGAUACAGCUCAGGGCAGGGAAGGACACAGAGCGUGUGGUCCAUCUGUGGGUGUUCCCAAGGGGAAUUGCCUUUUCAGUGACUCUGAAGCUUUUCCUUUUCCAGGUGAGCCAGAGCUGUGUUUAGGUUUAUUUCCAGUACUGGGUGUGCCACUCCAUCAUGUCCAAAGGAGGGGUGGCAGCACUGCCAGCUCUGCUCUGUGUCACUGCCUCAGCCAGGUUUGGUCACUGCACAGGUACUGGCACGGUCCCACUGGCACCAGCAGAUGUUCCAGGAGCCCACAGUUACCAGUGACCCUCUCCCCAGUUUAAUUGGUUCUGGUUUCAGAGCCUGUGCUUAGAUACAGAGAUGCUGAUAACGUAUGCUGAGACAGAGACCUGUUACACCCUACUGCAAGCACAGCUUUAAACUUCCAAAGUAAUAAACUCUUUAAAGCCAAGAGCCUUAACAACUCCGACACCUGCUGAGACAAGAAACACAGCUCCGAGGUCGCGCUGAAUAUUUGGGAAUUUUUCCUGCUCGAUGGCACAGGUGUCCCUGGUUUGCAGGGAGGCAGCAGCAGUAUCCAAAGAUGACAAGGACCUUGGCCACCCUCACCCAGUUCCCCAGGAACAGGUAAACAGCUCCCGCCGUGCGCUCAAUAGAGUCACCUCACUGCCCGGUGCCAGCUGGAUGGCUUUAGGUGUUGAAGUGCUCAGGAAAGCUCCUUCUUUCCGUGGAACAGUAUUCUUGACUUAUAGAAUGUUGUCUUUGCUGGUGGCAGGGGCUGGAUUCCUCCUUUCUCGCCCUUUGGUCCUUUCAGCACUGAGGGGGACAAGGCAGGGAUGUAAACGAUGGGAAGGGGGGGUUGGUUGGGAAGGAGCUGGGUGUGCCCCUGGGGCCAGCCCCAGCGCAGGAGCUGCCCUGUAGGACCCGUAGUGGUGCCUGGGAGCAGCGGCUCCAGCAGCCGAGCUGUCCCCAGGCUCUGGGGAGGUUUGCUCCUGGGCAGUGUCCUGCUGCCUGCUCCGUGCAGCCAGGCCACGGACACCUUGGUAAAUGCACCUUCCCUCCUGCCUGGUGCUUUGCUUUUCUCACGGGGCAGAUUUUGGCUGGCUACUGAAGGCCCGCAUUAGGAAUCAGAGCGCUGUGCCUGACCACGACCGGCUGGGGCUGGGGAUAAGGGCUGGGGUUGGGGUUUGGGGUUGGAUCUGCCCUGCCUCUGCCCACACAACGACACCCACACAGUGAUCCCCCUGUAAAAGCCAUCGCUGGACAUCCAGGGUGGUGGGACCUGAUUACAAACAGCCCGAGAGAGAUUAUUCUUGGAGUGAAACCAGGGUUGGCUUUGAUUUGCUGAGGGCAAGGAGUGGGCCUGGGAGGCAGCACAGGCCCCCGAGCAUCCCCUGCUUCCUGGAGAAGCUCCCUCAGCACUGACCCAGGGCUUCAGCACUCCCUGUCCUUGCACAAGCACAGGUGGGGAUGGAUAGAAAUGCAGAUGGAUAGAAAGCGUUAACUGAAAAUGCCAUUGAAACAUUAUUGAAUUACAAACUGAAAAUAAAUUGAGGACAGUUAUCAGUUAAAAUAUUUUUAAAAAGCAAAUUCAAGUGUUUUGAAGUCUCCAGGUUAGCUGGACAUUAUAUUUCCUGGUAUCUCUGGUUCCUUUCCCUCCUGCCCAGCGCAGCCCGUGUUCCCACCUUCUCCCUCCCUUGCAGAAAGAGAGAACCGCUCUGUUUACACGCCCUGCUGGGGCGGCCUCGCCCGGGGCUGUGCGGGGGGACGGGGCUUCCUCGCAGCAGCCUCACUGUAAAUACUCUGCCAAUGCUUCGUGGACAAACCGAGAUGGCAAAAAGUUGUAUCUGUGAAAUAUUAAGCUCUGUGUGUGUAUAUAGAUCCAACGCGUGUUAUCUGCGGCUCUGUAAUCAAUUGUAUAUUAAAGUGCUCCACUGUACGGCCAAUCAUUUCAUGCUCUCUUAGAUGUAGAAAAGCUGAGAAGUAAUUCACAAUACACUGUGUCGACUCCAAA